UCCCAUAGAUUAAAAAUCACUGGAUCCUGGGACCCCACCAAAGACAACCCGGAACUUACUAGAGAAGAAGAAACAGCCUUAGCACGUUUUCGCACAGGUGCUUCGCAUCGCUAUGGCUGGUUGCUGCGAAAGAUACAAACCCACAUUCCCCCUGGUUGUCGAUGGUGUAAUCCCCAACAAGUAAACAUGCCAGCGCCCGUUAUUCCAACUAGCCAAAAACAACCGCGCUAUGCACUAAACAAAGCAACAGACCCCGCCACCUGCACUGAAUGCGGGACACAAUACUCAUGCAGGAACACCGCAGUAGUACAUAUGGUCAACAAACACAUGGGUUCAAGAGAGCCGACGCGCUCUGGAAGAUCAAAUUCCCCCAUGAGCCGCCUCCGCCGGACAUCCCGCCAGAACCCCCGCCGCCACCACAACCCCCACCUCCGGCCACAACGUUACCCCGUCCCAAUUCGCCCUAAAGCAAAACCCCAUCCGUUUGCCUGCAGUAUGUGUAAACGAACAUUUCCGCUUCAAAAUGGAUUGACACGCCACCUUAGAUACAUGCGCAAUGCCCCAUGCCAUGUCCCAGAGAGAAAACGCCCGCGAGCCGACGAACCGAUUCAGAGGAAUCAGCGUUCCCUCUGUGACAAAUGUGAUAUGAUAGCGCGCUCUAAAACAGGCCUCAAAGCCCAUAUUAGAGCACGGCAUCCUGAGAACCCCCCAAAAAAUAUGCACCUCGCAUCCAACUCAUUCCUCAGCCUGCUUCACUACGAUGCGAAUUUUGUCUACGCGACUUUGGCAACAUUGGAGCUCUCGCAUGCCAUAAAAAGUUCCAACAUCCACCUGGAACCCCAAUUCUGCCAGCAACAAUACAAGUAA